ACGGUUCGCAGUGUGUGCGAAGAAGAGGUGCAGACACUAUCACGGUCGUAAACGCGCUCGCGAUGUUCAUGGAUUAAGCAGAAAUUUCGAAAAUCGUACGUGUCUAGCAGCGAAGAUUUCACGUUGAUGCACUUCAAACAGUAACGAUCGGUAAUAAAUUGAUUCGAUGGUUUUUACGUGAUCGUAACCGGUAAAUCGUGAUCGUGGUCAUUCAGUCUGAUAAUAUCUCUAGAAUUGAGAAAAGUUGUGUACCAAUUGAGAACGUUCCAAGUUCAGACGGCAACAGUCAGAUGUUCAUGUAAAGGCUUGAACAUCGCGCGCGUUUCGCGUUGAUUUUCUCGGGACUUGCGGAAGAGAGUGAGAGAUUCGCGUAUGAGUGAGAGGCCAAAGGCCAAGACAGCGGUGCGAAGAGGCCAAUCACCAAUAGAGCGGGACGGCGAUAGUUGGCAAUACAGAGAGCUUCGGGGCUUUAAUGUAUAUAAAAUAUAAAAUAAACACACAGGGAAUAUCAUUUUUCCUCUUGUAUUGCUUGUUAUAUGCGAAACUUUUGUAUUGUGUCAUAAACGAACUACUUGUCAUAACGUAAACAACUUCGGACUUCUACGAUCGAAUUUUUAUUAUUAUAAUAUUAAUAACAGUAAAAAUAACAACCAAGAGAAGAAAAUUCAAAAUAAUAUCUAUAAAAAUAAAGCAGUAAUAAAAAUCAACAUUAGUCCAAAGAUAAAAAAUGAAUAAAACAAUUUGAUAGAGAAUCGAAGGAGGUUACGAAAAAACAACAAACAAUAAAAAAAUAUCUACCACUGCUUUGUUUUCAUUUUUUUUUGCGGUGACAUUUUAUGCAACGUGUAGUGGGAUCAGUGCCACGAGGCGAGCUACAGGAAGAAGGAACAGCGCUUUUUGUUAAAGCCGACAGUUAAGCUUCCCUGAGUUCCCGACGUACGUGACAAGUGUUCCCGGCGAUAGGUGAUCAAUCUUGACCUGUUAUGCCGCGUGUUUGUGAGCAAAAGACGAAGCUGUUUUAAGUGCUACUGGGCAAUUAAGGAGCAUCUAAAGUGGCAAAUGAGAAUAAACAACUGUGAGCGAAAAAUUGAUAACAUAAGUCAACCUAUUUGUGAUUAGCAAUUGUGAUUAGAAAGCCAAGUGAUAAGAAGAAAAGUUAUUGAAAACCAUUGCCAGUGAUAAUUGAAUGAAUUGUUCAGAAUGGGUCUAUUAAGGUCGUAGAGCGACAUUUGCUCGGAACAGUUUGUUUGCUCAAAGUUUGGACUGAGUGGACAAAAUUCAAAACAGUGGCAUUAGGCGUUUAAUGUCACAGACCCCAAACUCUGAAGGUAGUCCAUUAACAACAGGUAGUGAAGGUAGUCCGAAUUCUCCACCGACCAGCAAAAUGUAUCCGUUCGUAUCCAACCACCCCUCGUCGCACACCAGCUACUCAACGAUGCCAGGCUUUUCGGGGCUUGACGACAAAUCGUGCAGCAGUAGAUACACGGACAGCGUAAUGAAUAGCUAUCCACCGAUGGGAGUUCCUGGAAGUGCCAGUAUUGCACAAUUCUACCAACAAGCAGCUGCCGUAUCGGCAGCAUCCGCCGGUGUUGGUGUGGAUUCACUAGGUUCAGCCUGCUCACAACUUUCGUCAUCCGUCGGCGGGGGUCAGUCCGGUCUGCCGGACAUAACCCGCCAUCCCUGGCUAGUGACUGCAUCUCAAUCCGCGCUACAAAAAUUUGCCAGUACAGAUUGGAUGAGUAAUCCCUUCGACCGAGUGGUGUGCGGAGAUUUCGCAGGUCCAAACGGAUGUCCCCGUCGACGAGGCCGACAGACGUACACCCGCUUCCAAACGCUCGAACUCGAGAAGGAGUUCCACUUUAACCACUACCUGACCCGCCGACGAAGGAUCGAAAUAGCACAUGCCCUCUGUUUGACUGAGCGGCAAAUCAAAAUUUGGUUCCAGAAUCGUCGAAUGAAGUUGAAAAAAGAGCUCCGAGCGGUGAAGGAAAUCAAUGAACAGGCGCGGCGCGAGCGUGAAGAGCAAGACAAGAUGAAGAAUGACUCAUUGAAAUCCGCCCAGCAACAUCACAGUCAGAAGCAGCAAGAGCAAACGCUCGUUGGCUCCCAACAGUCCAGUGGUGGUGGAGGCGGUGGAGGAAGCUCUAGCCUCGGCAGUCACCUGCACCAUCCGUCGAUAGUGGCACAAAACGACUUGAAACUGGGCCUCGGCAGCAUGGGCGUCGGCGUCGGAGGGAAUCUCAGCAUGAUGGGAGGUCUGGAUAAUAAAACCAAUCAGGAUAUACUCAAAGCAGUGAUGCAACAUAACAAAAGCGCAAACCUGAGUACUAGAGACAUCGUUGGUUCAAUUUAACCAAGAUCGUAAAUAAGCCACAGUAACACUCACACAUACAAAUUACACACCGACAUACGUAAUUCAUAAACAAAAUAAAUAACAAAACGGAGACGAGAUUUACACACAUUCAGCAUGGAGAUCAACCAGAAGCAUAAUCUGGUAUCCCCCUAAGGACUGUGAGAGCAAUUUCUUGGGAUCCGGAGGUUGAUUUGUGACCAGCAGCAGCAGCAGCAGCUACAACAACUACAACAGCCAUGUCUGAGAUGACCGCUGGUUUGAUGCGAGGGUGCAAUUCAUUCGUUUACAAAGUGGAAGAUCUAGUUUUAAAUGAACAUAAAGUGGAAAAUCUGCAAAAAAGUAAAAGUAAUAACAAAUAUACGUACUAGUGCUAAGAAACUAUUUUUUUUCUAUAGAACUUAAACAUGAUUUGUAAUCAUAUUUGACAAUUAUACAUUAAACAGAUGAGAAGAAAAAUGUGACAAGUUCAAGUGACUAUUAAUAUAUCAAUUGAAAACUCAAACUCCUCGGUUUGAAUUGAUCGCGUUCUCGCUCGGAUGAGGCGGGGGCGCAAAAACAACAAGAAACAACUGUGUUAGGUAAAGUUUAGUUAUUUAAAAUGGUCGUACUCAUUAACUAUAGCGUUUCGUUCUCGUAAGGAUUUGGGAGAAAUUUUAAAAUUUCUACAGUCGAACGUGUGCAGUUAAUCCCAACAGCACAAGGAGGGACUGUGUCAAAUACGUAAUUAAAAUUAUUGAAUAUAACCGAAUAAAACUGAAACUAAACAAACAAACAGAAAUAAUCGCAAAUCUGUCCAGUGGUUAGAGUUAAUAUUUUAGUAUAGUGAAGAAAAGGACUCCAACUCAGAAAACUGAAUUGCAGAACUGUAUCAUCAGCCAAACGGUGCGUGAUGAACUGAUCCCAGAAAGAGUUUUAAUUUCUUUUGUUGAUUUUCACUUGUGUAAAUUUGUUACUAUUUUGUAUUAACAGAACUUAGGCCGUAGAUUUAGUUAGAAAGAUGAUACAUAUUAAAUAAAUUUCUAAUUUGUAAUA